AUGCCUUGUGAGAGACUGCCGAUGCGUUACGGUCACGCCGAGGGACACACGGAGGUCUGCUUCGACGACAGUGGGAAAUUCAUAGUUACCUGUGGAAGUGAUGGAGAUGUUCGUAUAUGGGAAAGUUUGGAUGAUGAUGACCCAAAGUCCAUCAGUGUUGGGGAGAAGGCCUACUCUCUGGCACUGAAGAAUGGGAAGCUGGUGACCGCUGGCUCCAACAACACGGUUCAGAUCCACACCUUUCCUGAUGGAGAGCCAGAUGGCAUCCUGACACGGUUCACCACUAAUGCUACUCACGUCACCUUCAAUAGCACCGGCUCCAGAAUUGCUGCGGGCUCCAGUGAUUUCAUGGUUAAGGUGGUGGAGGUGUCAGACAGUAGCCAACAGAAAACUCUACGGGGCCAUGAUGCAUCUGUACUCAGUGUCAGCUUUGACCCCAAAGAUGACUUUUUGGCUUCAGCUAGCUGUGAUGGCUCUGUUGUGGUGUGGAAGAUUGAGGAACAGACUCAGGUGACCAGCUGGCCUCUACUGCAAAAGUCCAAUGAUGUGAGCACUGCAAAGUCCCUGUGCAGAUUGGCCUGGCAACCCAAAACUGCUAAGUUUUUAGCCAUACCUGUGGAAACAAAGGUUCAUCUGUAUGAGAGAGAUUCCUGGGAUCAUGUUAGCACUCUCUUUGACGACCUGAUCACACAGCUCAUAAAUGUAGUUGCCUGGUCACCAUGUGGGCAGUUCCUGGCAGCUGGUAGCAUCGGGGGUUUACUGACCGUGUGGGAUGUUGAAAGCAAGUUGUGUGUGGAAAGGCAGAAGCAUGAGAAGGGUUACACAGUGUGUAGCCUGGCCUGGCACCCUUCAGGAAGUCAGAUUGUCUACACAGAUACAGAAGGCUGUCUGGGCAUGUUGGAUGGCCUCUCUACAUCUUCUACCAUCAGCUCGAAGACCACUAAGGCACCAGUUGCUAAAGAAGCAAAGGCCUAUGACGAUCUGUUUGAUGAAGAGGAUGAUAGGGUGAUGGAUGAGGGACAGAGUGACGCUAACUCCCCUGUCAAAAACCCUGCGGUUGGUGAUGAUGAUGACGAUGAUGACCUGAUGCCUGCCACAGGGCGAAUCAGGAACAGGGGGACAUUCCUGGAUGAUGAUAACUCACGAGACACUGGCUCACUGAAAUUAGGUCUGGAUAGAUAUGGAGAGGAGAAUGAUGACAUUGGCAGUGCUGUAGUGCCCUCUGUUACUCCAGCAGUGCCCUUGCACCCUGCUUAUGGGCCUAUGCCCACACCACCCCAGAAGGCUUUCCAGCCGGGCUCCACUCCCGCACACCUCACUCACCGUUUCAUGAUGUGGAACUCGGUGGGCGUAGUGCGUGGUUACAAUGAUGAGCAGGAUAACGCCAUCGAUGUGGAGUUCCAUGACUCGGCCAUACACCAUGCCAUGCACCUUACCAACUCGCUGGGACACACGAUGGCUGACCUGUCCCAGGAGGCUGUGCUGCUGGCCUCCACCAGCACAGAGGAGCUUGCCAGUAAGCUUCAGUGCCUCCACUUCUCAUCGUGGGAUACCAACAAAGAUUGGAUUGUGGACCUGCCCAAGGGGGAGGAUGUGCAGGCCCUUUGCCUGGGCCAGGGCUGGGUGGCUGCAGCCACAAGCUCCUUGCUGCUUCGGCUCUUUUCUGUAGGGGGACUUCAGAGGGAGCUCUUCAGCCUGCCUGGGCCUGUGGUCUGCAUGGCAGGACACGGGGAGCAACUGCUCAUAGUCUACCAUCGUGCCACAGGCUUCGAUGGGGAACAGGCUCUUGGUGUCCAGCUGUUGCACUUCGGCAGGAGAAGGAGACAGGUCAUCCAUGAGCCCCUCCCACUUUCUCGCAAAUCCCACCUGUCCUGGCUCGGAUUCAGUGCUGAGGGUACUCCGUGCUAUGUUGAUUCUGAGGGUGUGGUACGCAUGUUAAACCGCUCCCUGGGAAACACUUGGACGCCAGUCAGUAACACUAAGGAGAAAUGCAAGAGCAAGUCAGACCAUUACUGGGUGGUCGGCGUUCACGAGAAUCCACAGCAGCUCAGGUGUAUCCCAUGUAAGGGCUCCAGAUACCCUCCAACCCUGCCAAGGCCAGCUGUAAACAUCCUGCCCUUCAAACUACCCCUGUGUCAGACCAGCACUGAGAAGGGACAGUUGGAGGAGAAUUACUGGCGUUCAGUCCUCUUCCAAGACCACUAUAACUUCCUGUCUGGCAGUGGAUAUGAGAUUGACAAGGAGGGGCAGAAUCAGUCUCAUAAAGAGCAGCAGGAGCUUCUCAUGAAGAUGUUCGCUCUCUCCUGUAAGCUGGAUAGGGAGUUCCGCUGCAUGGAGUUGGCUGAGCUGAUGACCCAGAAUGUGGUGCCACUGGCCAUUCGCUAUGCUUCUCACUCCAGACGCAUUGCCCUUGCCCAAAAACUGAGCGAGAUCGCCCUGGAGAAGGCCAAACAGGUCCAGGAGGAAGAAAGGUCCGAAGAACAGGAAGAGGAGCCUGAGUGCUAUGACACCAGGCACAGUGGUCGUUGCAAUAGCAGACAUAUUGAAGAGGAGGGUGGAGAAGAGCUGGAGGAGGAAGAACAGGAGAUGGAGACGGGAGAGUCAGCAGCAAACGGGAAACGGCUGAAUCCCUACGCUAAAGGAGACGGCUCCCUGGAGAAGCAGCUGCCGAAACAGGUUGGCAGAGAGGGACGUGUUAACCCCUUCAAAAUUCAGGGUUCAGUGAAGUCGUCUGCUUCACCUGGUCAGCCCCGAGUUACCAAUAUCCUGGACAACAUGAUGUCCAUCAAGAAGCCUUUACCUUUCAGUGGCUCCGCAGGAAAAAAUAAUAAAAACCCUGUCCUCAAGCCACUGGUCCACAGACCUAAGACAAAGACCCAGUCUACGCUGCUACAGAUGACUGCCCCGAUGGCAGCGAAUAAGAAGGCUCAAGAGAAUGUGGAGGCAGCUAUGGAUAGGCUGAAGCAGCCUGAGGUCCCUCCAAUCUCACCAAGAGAAGACAACACAGAAAACAAUACAGCCAUGAGCAUGCCAAAAACAGGUUUCCAGUCAUGGCUGGCGGAGAACAGGAAGAUUAUUGUAGCAGAGUGCCCUGAUCUGGAGGAGACCAGCAUCAUCAAGGAGGCUCUAGGUCGCUUCAGGACCCUUUCAGCAGAGGAGCGACUGACCUGGAUGGAGAGAGCAAAGGGCGAGUGUGGAGAUGCAGCAGAUGUGAAGAAAAGAAAGAGGGAAGAAGAAGGAACUGUGGACACCGAAAACAGGCAAACUGAUUCAGACGAGAGUAACGGCAAAAAGAAAAAGUCUUUGGAUGUCUCAGCCAAGCUAUCCUCAUUCGCUUUUAAGAAAAACUAA